ACACACACUCUCGCUACUCACACAUACACAUCCUCACACACACUAAACACACACUCACACUUUCUGUGGCUCUCUACCUCUCGUUUUCUCGUUUAUACUGUAGUUGUAGCUGAUUUACGUAUUGGGCUGCAAUAGAUAAGAGAACUUGGACCUUUUAUAACAAGCUGAGAGGAGAGACGCUAGAAACUGUGCUUGCAUUUGCAAGCUAAAUUAUCAUUGAACACAUCAAAUACCCAAGAAGAUCCAGUGGUAGUUGGUGCGUCACUAACGAAUUGACAUACUCGAUAAUAGUGACAAAAUUCUGCUUCUUACUUGUUUUACCUUGAUUGAAAUAAACACACACACAUAUUUAUUAAUUGGGAACUGACAAGAUGCUCAGCUGAAAUACUCAAAGGUGGCCAGAUCACCAAAUCAUUGAUACAGCCCCAAAAUAUUUUUUUCCCUGGUGUGUCUUGGCAACAAGCAUUAUAUAAUUUGUUUGAUUCUACAGGUCUGGCCCAGAGUUUGGAACAGACUGUAGCCUCUAUUCUGGUGACUUCCGUUUAAAAGUGCCCAUAGGGCAGACCAUAGCAGUACGGGAAAGGCCAGCCACACAUCCAUCCCUCAGUAUUACCGUUGUUCCCAGUAGGUUAAGCAAGGAUUAUAAAACCAAACCUUUAAGUAACAAUAUAUCAAAGAAGCUGGUGUAGGACCUCAACCAAGCUUCAGAAAACAAAUUAGGACGACUAAUAAGCUAUUUGGUAGAAAUUAAGAAAACCAGGGAAACCGACUACCAAUCAGAGUUUCCCAGGUCUUUGGUCAAACGAGCACAACAAAUUAACAUGGGGAAUGCUCACGGGAACAGCAGUGGGAAAGCUGCGGAAGUUCCAAUGGAGCUAAUAGUAGGACGCCACCCAGACGAUAAAACGUUAAUUACAUGGUUAAUGAAGAGAUGGCAUGCGCGCAAUCCACUUUGGCCGAAAGAAGGAUCCUUUGAUUUGGCGUGUUGUGAGGAAAUGGAGGUCAACAUAAAACACCACAAAUCUAAAAACCAUAGUGUCAAGAGAUUAGGCAAAAAGAAAAUAGAAAGAGAAGUAUUAAAUUGGUUUAGACGAGAAGGACACAGACGUCAGAUGGCCAGAACAGAGCAAAAAACACAAAGCAAUAAUAAAAAAGAGACAGAAAAAAUAACCAACCCAAGAGAAACAGGAACAGAGAAACUACAGGGACAGAGCCCCACUGCACCAGCAUGGCCUGUGGAAUCACCCCCAUAUCAGGACAGUAAGAACCCAUUCAGAGUGGGACGAAGCGCCCCGAAGUGCCCCGAAGGAGAGAAAGUGAGAGGACAACUACAGGGAGAUUUCACUUUCACUCUGGACAAAGCACCAGAAGUCUAUGCUGGGUGCAGGAAAGCGGAAACACCAAAUAGGAGAGAGCAGGCCGAGACAGGCAUGGGACAAAAAUAUGGGAACUCAACAUGCCACAGCGAACAGUCACAAGACCAUUUAGACAGAUUGGAGUACCAAAAGAAGACGGCAGAAAAAGCAGAAGUGGCUCAUUUGGUUGACAAACUGAACUACCUGGAACAAAUAAUAAAAGAAUCCAAAGAAAAAGAAUGGGAAGAGCAAAAACAUAAUGAACAUCAAGAUGCUAGUCAAAAGGAGUGUGAGGACACCGACAUAGCACCUCCAAUGCAAUCCUCAGAUCAGUCACCUGGGGCACGCCCAAAACAAAAAAGCAUAGAUCAAUCACUGACAGAAUGGAGCAAACAAAAAUGCGACGACAUGGAAAAAUCAAUACACAAAAUGGAGAGAGAAAUACACAACCUAACAACCAAAUUAAGAGACCACAGAAAUAAAACGUCUGCACCCAGGCCAACAUCUGAGAUCUUACCAAACCAAGACCCCCACAGUGUAUGGCAACAUCAAAGCAGCAGAGGGGCGAUGCGUCUAAGUCUGGAAGGCAUGAUAGUUCCACAAAACAGUGAAGGUGGGGAAGACUACAGACGAAAAAUAGCACCACAGGAAGAACGAACGCAGCACUGGGUGAGAAAUGGAGGAAGGUUGGGGAGAAGAUCUAGCCUAAACGACUACCCAGAAGAAAGAGGAGCAGAGGAUCUAAACAAUCCAUUCCUGCAAUGCCCCCUAGUGGUAAAAGGAACUGGACAAGAUCCCAUGUACGUGCCAUGGUCUUUCAUGGACAUGAUCGGCCUGGCAGGAAGGCUGCCUACACUCACCGAUGGAGCCAACAAAUGGAUAACAGCAUUGAAAGAGAGCACAGCAGGGGUGACCCUGGCUCUGGGAGACAUAAAGGCUCUGUUGAUGCACACUGCCGGAAAACAGAUAACAGAAGAAGUUUUCCAGCGUGCAAAAUUGCCAAGAGUGGUGACCGGAAAUCAAGUGGACGGCGUAGGGUUUGGAGGCCACCGCAACCAAAUAUGGGCAGAGCUAAGAAAGCACUACCCAGAGAAGAUGGAUCCCUCCAAGUUAGAUGGCGAAGCGCUGAAAGACGACGAAUGUCCAACUAAAUUCCUGCAUACCUUUCAACGUAGAUGGAGAGAUGAGACAGGGGGUGCCUGGAACACAAACAACACCACACAGAGACUGUUCAUGCUCAUGGUAAAAAAGGCCAAGCCACAAAACGUACAGAAAUGUCUGGACGGUGUGGUGGGCCUGAUGAAAAUGGACUGGCCAUUGUUCUCAGAACAUAUAGUCCACCAUGUUGAUAACUGCAGAAAAGAAAAACGAGAAGCAGAAGAACAAAAAAACUACUUAUCAACAAGUUAACGCAACUACAACUGGGAGAGCUGUGUAAGCAAAAGAAAGACAAAGCCAAAACACAAAACCCAGUUAUAACUGCACCGGGCCAGGACCCGACAGUCCAGGCCCCAGUGAUGUUCCAGCCACCACCCCAACCUCGUGCUCCACCUGGACCAGUGCAGGCAACACCAAUCAAUUUCCCAGCCACCGCCCUGCCGCCAAUCCUUGUACAUGUUGGUCCCUCAAAUGGCUAUCAACAACAUUGGAAGGGAAAGGGUACAGUCAGCCUACAGUCUGACUGUACCCAGCAGGGGAAGGAAUGCUGGGGAUGUGGACAACCAGGACAUCUCAAAAGGGACUGUCCAACAAAUCCAUAUGUGAAACCAACAAAUCAAUAUACGGCGCCAGCCGCGAACUGGCAAUAGAGGUGCCCAGAAAAGCCUGAGGGGGAAACAAUGUCGCCAGUUAUCUCACUACAACCACGAGAAGAACCCACCAUAUCAGUUACAUUGCGAGGCCGAGAACAUGACUUCAUGGUGGACACGGGAGCCACAUAUUCAUGCAUCGGAAAAAAUUGCUUCAACCUCCCCCAUUCAAGUUCAUCCAUCCGAACCAUUGGCUGUUCUGGGAAAACACAAAUAAUACCACUUACGGAGCCACUCACAAUGCAAAUCGAAGGAAAAACUAUUGUGGCACAUCUACUGUACUCAGCACACACUCCAAUCAAUUUGCUGGGAAGAGAUAUUCUUUGUAUAUGAAAAGCCAAUAUCGAGUGCACCCAAAGUGGCUUGCGAGUGGAGUUCCAAGAAAGUCCCACAGCAAACUAGAUGAUGCCAGUUAUGGCAGAAAACAUUACAGAAUGCCCUAAGCUCACUAACGAAUGCGACAGCAAAAGACAAUCAUCAUCAGACGCCACCGCUGGCGUACUGGCUACAAUUGGUCCCACACGAAUCCUCACUAGCCCAAUUAUGGGAAGAGUGGGAGCCGUGGGUCGAAGCGUUAGUAGGGAAACCCAAAACGCAAUUUAUGCCGCUCCACUGCACUCUUCUGUACGACGAACAUCAAAGCCACAUGGACUAUGCUGACCGUUGGAUAGAGAUGAUCAAUAAAAAACAGAACUCUAUCAUCAGCCAGGAUAUCUUUGUAGGCCCCGAGGGAGCCGCCGCUGCUAUAACACUCCCACCAGAAUUACAAGAAUGGUAUUAAGUCAAAGACUCUGUCCCCCACAUAACACUGAUGACAACUGAAGGACAUAGAACUAGAGAGUUAGGACCAAUGGUUAAGACAGCUUUACAGAUAUUAGACUGGAGACCCACAAAUAAUAAAAACAUACACAUAUCCCCUGACACGCUUUUAUAGAAUUUCAGCAAAAAGUUACGACGUAGAUAAGGCUGAGACAGUGAAUAUAAAAACACCAACAGAACUAGGUAAAUGUAAAAAUAUAAUGUAAUGUCAACUUUCAUUGUCAAUAUUUGUUAGGACAGGUAUCCCCAAAGUUAUGGUACCCCACCAGAGACCUUACCCACUCCGACACCACGCUAUAGGCGGGAUUAGACCCACUUAGGGUCUAUUGACUGCAGAAGCACCAAUGGAAACAAAAAGCUCCUGUAAUACACCCAUCUUUCCAAUAAAGAAGCCACACUAAUGAUUAUCAAUUGGUACAUGAUCUACAGGCUAUUAACUCCAUUGGAGACUUUCCAGAGGCGAUUGCUUUUGAUCCACACAUAUUACUUUCCAACAUUCUGCCAGGCACAAAAUGGUGCACAGGUCAAACAGUUGUUGACCUGUGCACUGCAUUCUUAUGUUUCAGUACAUCCAGACUCACAAUGCCUGUUUGCUUUCACUUUUGAAGGAAAACACAGUACUUAAACCCUGUUACCCCAAGGAUUCCUGGACCGCCAAGCUGAGUUUGAUGUUGGCCCAGGACCUGCAGAAUCCGCAGGUUACCAGUACCGUCCAGUAGACCACAUAAAAUAAGUAGAGCCAAGUUACAGUUUAGUCAGACAACAGUAAAUCAUCUGGGGAGGCUGCUCAGUGGGGAUAGGAGACAGAUUGCCUUGUCACAGAUAGAAGCCAUAAUUACUGCUCCAAAGCCUCAGACAGUGGGACAGAUAAUCACCUUGUUGGGAAUGGCGGGAUACAGUAGACAUGGAUUUGUGAUUAUGCCCUCAAGACAGCACCAUUGCGUGCCCUUAUCAGGGCUGCAGGGCAGAAUAGUAAUUCUGCUACAUUGCAGUGGACCGGAGAGGCGGAGGGAGCUUUUUUAGCUCUCAAAAGUGACAUGCAAUCAGCCCCCGCCCUUGGCAAUCCCGUUUACUCAACACCAUUUCAUCUAUAUGUUGCAGAACGAUCUGGAUAUGCUACUGCUGUAUUGUUACAGGACACGCCCAUGGGGGAACAACCUUAGCCAUAACUAGAUAAAGGCAGGACUGCCACCCUGCUAUCAGGGACUGGCAGCCGCUGCUUUUGUUUUCAAACAAGCAUCAUCACUGACGAUGGGACACCCAGUAACUUUCUACACAUCCCAUCAACUAUACGCCUUACUCACAAACUCACAUUUUGUCUUAACCCAGGCCGGAAGACCUGAUUACGAGGUCAUACUGUCAGCCCCAGAACUCACCAUACAAAGGUGCAACACACUCAACCCAGCAACUAAGAUGGUGUUACCAGUAGAUGGGACACCACACGACUGUGUUCAAGAAACCGACAUCUUUAUGCGUGCAUGACAAUGCCUGUUCAAUGAACCCUUCACAGCAGACCUCACUCUGUUCGUGGAUGGAUCUUGCUAUAGAGAUGCUGUGGGUUACCACGCUGGCUACAGUGUUGUACAGCUCAAAGAUGUUACCACAUUUGAGAUCAUCCAAUCUGUAAAGGUUGACCAACCAUGUUCUGCCCAAUUGGCUGAAAUAAAGGCACUUACAGAAGCAUGUCAGUUGGCAAAGGGCAAGAGUCUUGAUGUUUACACUGACUCUACAUGUGCAUACGGUGUCUGUCAUGUGUAUGGUAACAUAUGGAAGCAAAGAGGCUUUCGCAGAGCCGAUGGCACUAUGGUCAGCCAUGGACAGUCCAUUUCGCAGCUGUUAGAUGCCAUGCACGUUCCAACAGCCCUGGCCAUUAUUAAAUGCCCAGCCCACCAACAGACUGACACUCUCAUCGCCAGAGGUACCAACAUGGCAGAUGAGGCUGCCAGGCAAGCGGCAGCGGGGACUGGGGUAGUGAUGGGACUUAUGCAGGUCCAGCCCCACUCACCACUUUAUCUUCCCUUGUGCUAGCGCAAGACCGAGUUAGUCCUCAAGACAAAGAUAUGUGGUUAAAACGUGGGCAAUACAACACACCCAAGAUGGACCCAACAAAGGUCUAUGGAGGAGUAGUCAUGGCCAUUUUGUUUUACCAAGUACGUCGCUGUGCUUUGCUAUUAGGAAUGCGCAUGGUGGUCACCAUUGCGCCAUUGGGAUAAUUAUAUGUCACCUUUAGGUCGUAUGGGGGACACCAUAUUUAGAAGCUACAGUUGAUAGUGUACUUUGCACAUUAUAAUGUUUCUCAGUUCAGUUUCUGCUCCCAUUUUCACACAGUCCAGCACCUGACAGACCAUUUUACCUUAUAGACCUGUGCUUUUCAAUAAAGUACCCCCUAUACAUUUUUACUCAGCCAAGUAUCCCUUGACUGGCCCCAAACAUGUUUGAUAAAAACAAUAUAAAUAAUAUAUAUAUAGGCAUAUCAUGGUCAGGGUGAAUACUCGAUUCUGAUUGGCUGCAGGGGUGGUGGACACCUACUAAGUAGCUCCAGAGAAACUGUUCAUCGUUCCAAAUUAUUGUGCUGGCUACAUAGUAUGAGCCUGUUACCAUAACAAACAGGGCAACAAAGCCUCCAUUUACAAUUUUGAAACACUUUAAUAAGCUUACAUGUAAUUACACCAAUGAGUGACUUCAAUAUUUCUUUAAACUUUUCUGAAUCUACAGUGUCAGUGUCACAUAACUGCUUAUCUCACAUCCCAUUCACUAUUCACUGCGCUCGUCAAUUUACUUCAGACAGGCUGCUGCACAACACAGCAAUUAUUUUGUUCGUAAAAAUCUUGAUUUGGAAAAAAUGACAUGGCUAGCUAGUUAGUCUUCAUGUCAAACAUUGUAGUAACAUUUUAGUCAUCAUGGAAGAUUUUGUAUUUAUUUUUCAAUAAACUUGUUUACAUGAAAUCUCACUUACCCCUUACAGCACCGCAGCGUUCCCCCAUUUGAAAAUCCCUGCUGUAGACUGUGUUGACAAGAUUCAACAAGCCUAUAGGAAGACUGAGAUACAUCUUGGUACUAAGUGAUCUGUUGGGUCAGUAGAUGGGUAGAGAGGCAGUGCCAACUGCCUCUCCAGACUUCCGAUCAGUAGCAACAUUUUCUGUGUAGAGGUUCUUCAAAGAUUUGAGAUCGCAAUGGACCGCAUUAUGUGGGCAAAACAUUUAAAUUGGCAUUCAAACUGUUAACAAUCAGCCAAAGGUCUGGCUGUGCUUAUCAUCCACAGUCACAAGGGACAGUCGAGAGAGCCAACGGUACCUUGAAAAUCAAGGUAACAAAGAUCAUGGCUGAUGGCAAGGUAAACUGGGUAAGCCUACAAACCUUACCGCCGGCACUAAUGGUAAUGCGCCCGAGUACCAACCGCCUGAAUACCAACCGCCCGAGUACUAACCACCUGAGUACUAACCACCUGAGCACUGACCACCUUUCUAACAUUUCUAACACUGCAUGAGAUGCUACUGGAAGACUCUUUCCAGUUCCUCAUUUAAGAGGAACCCUUGAGAGUCCUCCCCUCAAUGGAAUUGGUGAGAGAGGUAGUGUUUCAACAGGCAAAAGGUGCCACAAAGGAAAAGGAACCAGAAAUUCCAGAGAACCUGCAGACGGUUGCACCUGGAGAUUGGGUCUACGGCUGAAUGACCAACAACCCAGACCGCCGGCAGAGACCCAUCUCCACCAGCCCUACUGGUCCAAGCCCGGUGUGGCCACCAUCAUUCAGUUCAUCAGGACCAUCUCACCGAAUCCAGCGGCUUGAUGACCCAGGAACCACCAGGCUACGAUCCAAUGACCAACCACCACCUUCAGGAGUCCAGACCAUGGAAGUUGAAGCAGAGGAUCCAAUGGGAGGAGAAUCCCAGAUGGAGACACGGAUGAAGAUACGACAAGCUGCUCACCGGACCCUGAACCGCCGAGACCACACAGCGGAUUGGAAAAGUGGCACUGGCUAAGUUUAAGAGCCUCCAGUGACGAGGGGUCCAGAAAAGAUGUUGCAACGUUUCAUUACUGCAUUGAGAGGACACGCAAUUCUAGGGUGGAGGUGGGGUGAAUACCAACCCGUGCACCCCAUGGUUCCACCAGCACAAGCUUAUUAUGAGUACGAGUGAUUGUAUUCCUAAAGAGAAGCCUUGGUUGUGGAGGAGUCUUCCAACCACUUGGUCUGUCCCACCCUGGACAAUUCUGUUCCCCAAAGCAUAUACUGCCCACUAUUGGACGCCCCUCCUUGGAGAACUAUCCCCUUCCCCAGAAUCUCAUCACACAUCCCCCUUCCUCAGAAUCUCAUCACACAUCCCCUUCCCCAGAAUCUCAUCACACAUCCCCCUUUUCCCUGGACAUCAUCAGACAUUCAUCUUCAUCAUCCAGUAUUAGUCACAAUGUUUCACAGUCACGCACCGUUAUUAUGUAUUGCAUGGAGCGCUACCCCACUGUCUCAAUUAAUUUAAAUUCAAGUAUAUGUCAUCUUCAUGUUCUUGUUCCCCUGUUUUGUUUUGUUGUCACCAUAUUGUUUUGUUGUCAUUGCAGCAUUUUUGUAUUAAUGUGAUUGUUUGUUUUGUUUGUCUUGUAUGCUAUUCAGAGAUGCCCUUACAGUUUAGGCCCUCAGCACAAGGAUGCAAGGUUAUGUGGGAUGUGUAAAUGUGUUAUUGUUAACUUCAACUUACUUCUGCAGGGUACAGCAACGAUACAAGACCCUGUUGCUCACAAGCCCAUCAUUGGACCAACAGACCUUGUGUGCGAGAUAUUAGCUGUCAUGAUGAAACGUAACAAACACUUACGCUAAUGAAACAGACCAAUUUUAAUAUAAGUAUUAGAACCUCAGUGUUGAGCUACUCAAUGUGGAUAGUGGAUGGAUCGUCACCCCAAACCCUUUCACUUAACACCCCGCUAUGCUUUGCAAUAAGCAGAUAAGCUUAAUCAAGUAUUGGAAAAUAGGAAAGUCCACCAGGCCACGACGGUUGAGCUUUGCACAUGAUGACAUUUAUAUAUAAGAUGGAAAUUGACAAUACUCUGUUAUGUAUUUGUGAUGGUUCUACUGUUACAAUGCUUAUUUGGAAAGUGUAUGAUUUAGUAGCCUAAGGUGUUAAUGAAAGGUUUGUAUACUAUCAGCACUUAUGUUCUUCCAGUUCUGUUUCUAUUGAAUAUUUACAGUAAUGUUUCCAGUAUGGGUUGUGUUGGGACUUUGUCAGUCCCACAGGGGGAAAUGUUGUGGAAAAAACAUCACACUGCUGUAAUUAUGAAGAUGGAGAAAAGGAGCAUCAACCGAUUGUCCCCAAGACAGCAACAAGGAUCCUCCUGCAGACCAAACUCCCACAACAGAGCCUUUGAAGGAAUCUACUGUUGUGGAAAAAACAUCACACUGCUGUAAUUAUGAAGAUGGAGAAAAGGGUAUAGAUUAUAUGACUGAAAAUGAACCUCUUAAUCACCUUUUUAAUUUUAUAUGCUAUAUUAUUUAAAACCAGAUGCAAAGCUGUUGACUGAUUAGUAUUACCACUAAAACAGAAGACAUAGAGGCCAAAUGUGGAAGACCAGAUAGGUAGAGUUUGAGAGCAACAGAGAGAAGUGUGUGUGUAGGCCUCUCCCAUGAAAGACUACAAGGCCCAGAUAUUGAGAACUACAAGCGCCAGACAUCAGGGGACAGAUUUAUGUCCUUAAACUCAGUUUAACCUGUGCAGCUGGGCCACAAGGCCUCACGUGGGCACUGGAUGGGAGAAAGUUAGGGAAAGUCCAGGCUAUGCAAAUUCAGUGACAAUGGACCAACCGAGUGUGAAAUGCAUACAUGAAUCUGUGACCACAUAUAAUGUACCAAUGAUAAAAUGUCAUAAAAUAAUGGAGGAAAAAUAUAUAAGCAAAUGUCCAGAGAAAAAUUUCAGUCUGAUCUCGAGACCAUGCUCACGUUUGUUGGAAUCAAUCCUUUGUGUUAGAUUCGAAUAAACACUUUGCAUCAU